UAGUGUUGUUAUUUUUAUUUAAAGAUGUUAAAAUAAUGUCAAACAUGCAAGAAUUCACUGUAGGAUUGAAAGCUUCUCCUCAUAUCACAUCUUACAGUUUUAUUAUGAAGGGGGUCAGCCUUGCUCUCACACUCACCUGUAACCUAAAAGGCCAAACACAGCUGACUUGUUAGCAGUAUAAAAGCACUCGUGUCUCUCCUCUGUGCACAAGCACCGAAUGAACCAUGGCGGUGAUGCUCACAAGUGUUUUACUUAUUUCAUUACACUUCAUUUUGCCCAUUUGGGGAAAUGUUUUGCGACUUCAGAAGAGAGACUGGGUGGCAAAUCCAUCUUCAAGCAUGGCAGAAGGUGAUGUGGAAUGUUUCUCUGAGUACAUGGAGCUUUGGAUCCAUAGAAUGAGAAUUGAGGGACUGAGGCUUUGGCUUUCUGGAAUAUUACGAAUUCAAGUGGGUUUGGUAUCCAUGGAGAAUCUGAACCAUCAGCUUUCUUCAUGUGGGUUUGCCCUGCACAGAGAUCUGGAAAAGAACUAUAUCUUCAGAGUCAUGUACAGUGGAUGUUUUGUCCAGUUAGAGCAUGGCAAUUAUAUGAUUGUGCUGAACCUGCUGAAGAGAGUAAGUCGUUUAGGAGGCAGGACUCAAAAGUUUCUGAUGAAGUGUCCAGCGGUGCUAGCGCCUCCUAACAGAGAGUACAUCAAGUGUGAUUCAGACUUCAUUCAGGUCACCAGAGAGAUCCCUGUGGAUAACUGGAAUAAUGAGCUCGACUGGUCUCUGGCCUUGAGUGGGAGUCUGGUGGUGGCUUUGGAGGAUUCCAGUCUUAUUCAAGUAAAUGUUGAAAUGCACAAACCAAACAUAACAGUUCAGGGGAGGAGAGACACCAUCUUAACUCCUGUGCAGGUGUUCAAAUCAGAAGGACAUUUCUUACCUCUCAAACUGGUCAGUGGCCAUUAUGCCUACAGCAUGGAGGCGACCUGUCCAAAUGUGAACCAGUCAGCGUCUGAAGACACCGUGCUGCAUGUCUAUAAACGGCGUAUGGGUUUGACCAAAAGAGGUGGAUAUCAAAACGAGACCCUGUCAGUCAGCAGUGUGAUUCUGGAACAGACUGACACGUUCACCUGGUCAGAGACAAGUGACUUUGUGCAGCUUAUCAUUCCCACAUCCCACAUUCAGCAGAAAAGGGAGUGCAUUGGUCAGACAGGUGAGAAACUUCAGCAAAGUUUCUACAAGAUAGAUGCUGUUCUCACCUUUAAAGAGACAAAUCACAAAAUGCACUGGACUAUGGAAAACACCUCACCUUGUUCAGAGAGGUUAAAAUCACAGCUCCAUUUAAUGCGUGAUGAUCCACAAGAAGCUAAUGUGACUGAGGGGAUUACAGGCAAGCCAGAAGUUCCUGUUGGUUUAAACAAAGAGUUUACUCCUUCUGUGGCACCAGAGACUGUAUCCACAGCAUCACAGACUUCUGAUGAGGAAACCAGCAUAACCUCGGUACAGUCCCAACAACUUCAAACAACAGAGGCUCUUAGUACAUCAUUGAGUACUCCAACAUACACAGAGAUAAUGAUACAGAAGUAUUUGCAGCUCUAGUUUACUGCCAAAGAACAACAGAGAUCUCUGGAGAAGUUCAUCCGUGCAUCGUUGACAGUGAGGGGCCGCGAUGCAGGACGGAUGGAAAUGCAGGUACCAACUGCAGCACAUGUGCCAGUGAUUUUCCAAACAACACUAUUACUAUUGGUAGUCCAUUAAUCACAACAGAUGUAAUCACAGUUUGAAAUACAGCUACACAUUCAAGCGCCAUUUUCCCUCAGUCUGGGAUUUACAACACAACAGUCAAGUGGACCCAUGCAUCUUUUCCGUUGACAAGCGAAGUGCCGUUGGAAUCACACGUGGGGAAUGAUUACAUCAAAGACUGUGCUGGUCAUGCCAUUUAAAUACGAACUACUGUCUCAGAACUCCCUCAGCUGUGUGUGUCACAUCUCACAAAUAAAUGUGGUGUCUAGCAUUAAAAAAAUAGUUGCACAAUAUAGCCCUGUCGUUUCCCUGAAAAACAGAAAGUGCCUGGCAGUUUAGCAAAUGUAGCUCAAUACUUAGCUCUCUACUUUAUUUCCUAGAGCAUAAAUUAGUAUCUUAAAUACAGCAUCUCUGGUUUUCCGUAAUCUGUGAUUAUAUACGCAGAUGUAUUUAGAGCUGUAAAGAUACUUUAUUACAUUGCUCUCCGGAAUACACUUUUCCCAUUUGUCAAUCACAACAUCCAUAUAUUGCUGCAUAUUAUUUUAAUAAUCAAAGUAGUGAAAAUGGUCUCGAAACUGGGUCUCCAUCAACUAUCAGUUAUUUUGACAUAAUAACAAUAGAAAACAAAAGAUUGAACACAAUUACUUCUUCACUCUUAAUUAGUUAUGUAUUUGGACAUUUAACAGUUAGGGCUAACACUGGCAUUAUUUUCAUAUCUCUUGUAUCACACUGCGACUCACUCUAACUUGUUUCUUACAAAUGCAACUGGCACCUUUUUGCGUCUCAAUUAUUGAUAUUAGUUGAAAUGAACCUAGUUAUAUUACUGUAAUGUUGUAGUGUUCAGUUUGUUGCUAUCCUGAUUGUUUUGUACUUCUUAAAUGAAGUAUUUUCUAUGCAUUAUCCCUUUCAUAGAUUAUAUAUAGAGAUAUAUGGUAUAUUAAAUCCUGUAGGAUUCUUUCUGGAAAAAAAAGACAUGAUAUUAUGAAUGCUAUAUAACCUGGAUUAAUACACAAAGUGUUUAUUGAAUAAAACCAAUGUUUGUGUUCUGGA